ACUGGGUUUAUACAGGGACGAACACACAUCAAAAUUAAAACUUUGAAAACUGGAUUAUUUUUUCCAUUGCCCGAUCGUGUUGAUUUAUCUGUGUUGGGUGGAAAACGACAUCUUGGCAACAUAACCAAUUUUGAGUUUGUGUAUCAGUCUAAGCAGUCUGUGUAGAAUGGCUGAAUUUGGUUUCAAUGAGCACCACCAGAACGAGGUGAUCAACUACAUGCGCUUUGCCCGCUCAAAGAGAGUCCUAAGGCUGAAGACCAUUGACUCCUGCUUCCAGGACCUUAAAGACAGCAGGCUGGUGGAGGAGACCUUCACCGUGGAUGAGGUGACGGAGAUGCUGGACGGGCUGCGGGUGGUGGUUCACGGGGAGGUGGAGACGGAGCUCAUCAACACGGCCCACACCAACGUGCUACUCCUGCGUCAGCUCUUCUCUCAGGCCGAGAAGUUCUACCUCAAGCUGCAGACGGACAUCUCGGAGCUGGAGAACAGGGAGCUUUUGGAGCAAGUUGCUGAGUUUGAAAAAGCUGAGUUCAAAACCACGGGGAAGAAGGCAGUCCAGGAGUCCAACAAGCCUAAGUUAGCCCCCCUGAAUGAAGGAGGGGUGUCUGAGCUGCUCAACAAGGAGAUUGCCAGACUGCAAGAGGAAAACGACAGACUUAAAGCCAGACUCCGGACAUUAGAAUCACAGGCUACAAGUGCAUUAGAUGAGAAAUCCAAGGUGGAGAAGGCUUUGAAGGACUUACAGAAGAUUCAAGGAGACCAGCAGCUGGUCCUGCCCUCCCAGGAGAUCAGUAGCCUGGAGGACACAGUGGCAGCGCUGAAGGCUGACUUUCAGAAGUCCCUGAGCGCCAGCACAGCAUCCCAGAAGGACCUGCAGGAGAACCUAGUCACUGCCAAGCAUGACCUGCUGCGGGUGCAGGAGCAACUAUCACUGGCUGAGAAGGAACUGGAGAAGAAGUUUCAGCAAACUGCCGCCUACCGAAACAUGAAGGAGAUCCUCACCAAAAAGAACGAGCAGAUUAAGGAGAUCAGAAAGCGCUUGCAGAAGUAUGAAUCAGAUGAAUAAACCAGUUGGAUGAAUUGCCUGUUGUGUGUUGUGCACAGAUCAGGCAAAUGGCUAACACUGCCACAGAGAGAGCAAUGGGAAGGGCUUUGCUUUGGACACACUACUUUCUGCUCUUGCAGUGGACUCUGCUUUGGAUAAAGGCAAGUGCUUUGGAAAUGGGAACUUGACAGUGUAGUGCAACCCCAGCAGUUCACAGGCAGUUGAGCUGUGGCAGGACACCCCAUAUCAGUUCAUAUCUAACAGGCUUUAUAGUUAUUAGCCCUGGGUGUAGGUAGCAAGCUACGACCACAGAGAUGAAGAGAUUGUUCCUCAC